CGUGCUGGGCUGCCAAUUAUACAGUGAACCAAAUAGAGAAGAGACUUCUAAAUGACAUUGCCUGCUUUAUCCCAGCGGGACCUUUCAAGGGUAUGGCUGGAGUUCUUUUUUUUCCAUUUUUUUUUCCUUCCCUCUACACAUCCCUAUGUGUGUUUAACAACUCUCCUUCCAGAUGCAGAGAGCAUUGGCACCUCCAUGCCCUGCGUGGAUUCUCAUAGCGUGGGAAAGAAGCAAGCUGCCGGCAUUCGACCCGGGGAUUUAUGCUGCUAAUCUGAUUAGUGUAUGAUGGACGUGUCCAGUUGGAAGGAGAUGGAGGUGGCACUAGUCAGUUUUGACAACGCCGAUCAGAUCGUGGAGGAUCCCUGUUAUUCAAACGACCUCAGCCCUGCCAGCCAGUCGCGGAAAGGCCAUCCCAGCUGCGCCAACCUCCUCUCCAACUGGAGGAUCCUCAUCAACAGUGAAAACGCCAACAAUGAGACCAUUUUCUCCAGGUUCUCUGCUGAGUUCAGCGAGCACCUGGUGGGGGAGCGGGUGGGGAUGGAGGAGGGGGACCAGCGAGUCAUCAUCAACAUCGCUGGGCUGAGGUUUGAGACACGGCUCAAGACCCUCAACCAGUUCCCGGAGACCUUGCUUGGGGACCCAGAGAAGAGGAUGCGUUACUUUGACUCCAUGAGGAACGAAUAUUUCUUCGAUAGGAACAGGCCCAGUUUUGAUGGGAUCCUGUACUAUUACCAAUCCGGUGGGAAAAUCCGGCGUCCAGCCAACGUGCCCAUUGAUGUCUUUGCUGAUGAAAUCACCUUCUAUGAGCUGGGUGAUGAAGCCAUGGACCAGUUCAGGGAGGAUGAAGGGUUCAUCAAGGACCCUGAGACCCUCUUACCAACCAAUGACUUUCAUAGGCAAUUCUGGCUGCUCUUUGAGUACCCCGAAAGCUCCAGUGCGGCCAGAGGUGUAGCUUUGGUCUCCGUCCUGGUCAUUGUCAUCUCCAUCAUCAUCUUCUGCAUGGAGACCUUGCCAGAGUUCAGAGAGGAAAGGGAGUAUAAGUCCACCCAGGAGCUUUCCAAAAACACGACAGACACCUUGCUGGCCCACAGCACCUUCACAGACCCUUUCUUCGUCAUAGAGACUGCCUGCAUCAUCUGGUUCUCCUUUGAGCUGUUCGUCCGAUUCAUCGUUUGCCCUAGCAAGACCGAGUUCUUCAAGAACAUCAUGAACAUCAUUGACAUUGUGUCCAUCAUCCCCUACUUUGUGACGCUCACCACCGAGCUGAUCCAGCAGAGCGAACUCAACGGGCAGCAGAACAUGUCCUUGGCCAUCCUACGGAUCAUCCGCUUGGUGCGGGUCUUCCGGAUCUUCAAGCUGUCCCGGCACUCCAAGGGGCUGCAGAUCCUGGGGCAGACCCUCAAGGCCAGCAUGCGGGAGCUGGGCUUGCUCAUCUUCUUCCUCUUCAUCGGCGUCAUCCUCUUCUCCAGCGCCGUCUACUUUGCAGAAGUGGAUGAGCCGCAGUCCCAUUUCUCCAGCAUCCCCGAUGGCUUCUGGUGGGCCGUGGUCACAAUGACAACCGUUGGCUAUGGAGAUAUGUGUCCCACCACCCUGGGUGGGAAGAUCGUGGGGACUCUGUGUGCUAUUGCAGGAGUGCUGACCAUCGCGCUGCCCGUCCCCGUCAUCGUCUCAAACUUCAACUACUUCUACCACAGGGAGACAGAGAAUGAAGAGAAGCAAAUCCUUCCCGGGGAGGUGGAGAGGAUACUCAACAGUGUGGUGACGGGCAACGACAGCAUGGAGUCUCUCAAUAAGACCAAUGGGGGUUACCCUCGAGACAAGGCCAAAAAAUGAUGCUUGUUUCCAUGGCAGAGCUGAGCGCUGUCAGGCGGGGUGGGCUGGAUAAGGCAUGCAACAUCUGCAAGCUGUGUUUUGCUGUUGUUUUUUUAUUUUAAACCAAACGUGCUGCUGCUUUUUUUGCUGUUUUUUUUUUUUUAAUAUUAUUAUUCUAGACAUUUUUCAAUCUCUGAUUUCCCGUGGCUGUUCAAAUAAAUACCAUCUUUCUUAUCUCUCUUCCCUGCC